UUGGCGCGGUGGCUAUGCAAGGCGCGCGCUCUUCGCGAAAGUAAGAGUGAGUGAGUGGUUGUUGUAAUGAGCAGCGCCAACUGUUGACGUGGCAGGCAGCAAAGAUUCGCAUACAAUUUGCCAUACAAAUUACGUUGCUGCUCGACGCUCCGAUUAAAUAUAUAUUUUAUAGCGAUUUUUAUCUUAAUUUAUUUUGUUUUUGUUGCUGUUUGCGCUGCGGUUAUUUUUAAAAAUAUCACACUUGCCACAUCGUGUCGUAAUUUGUACUUAAAGCGCAGCGGUCUGAGUGGUUGUUCACCCUUGCUAACGAGCAACGCCAUUAUGUUUUUGUUGUUGUCGCCACUGCGUAGUUACCGUUGUAGCAAUUACAUUUGCGUUGAUGGCGUUUAACAGUUGUAAAUCGUUUCGCGGUUUUUGGAUGCCACCAUCGAACCGCAGAAGCAGUCGUCGCCGCAGUUGGCACGCCAAAGCACACACAACACCGAUGUUGGCUGAAAAGCACCGCUCAGUACAGGGGUGGCUCUCGCUGUGCAUAAAUGUCCGGAAAGGCGGUUAAUGUGGCGAUUCGCAGGAACACACCUCAACACGCUGAUAAACUCAAAGUAGUGACAUUCACCGCGUAAAAAAUAGAAAAAAGUAGAAAAUAUUAAAAAAAAAUUAAAAUUAAGAAGUUCAAAAAACAAGCAGAAAGAAUUAUAUUCGAAGAUUAAAGCUUAAAACGAAAAGGCAAAUAAUCUGAAGUGUUAGCAAACAAUUAAUUACAGUGUGGAUUGAUAAGCAUAGUGCAAGAAGUGUCUCACGCCAAAGUGCCAGUGCUCAGCAUUUAAAAGUGAAAAAUUUAAAUCAAAUCAGCUGCCGAUAUUUCCUAGUCUCUGAGUGUUCGUUCAAUGGCGCGUUUGGUGAUUUACUUUUUGGUCAUAAAUUCGUUGUUCUUUUAUAAUGAAAAUGCACGCUUGCUUGGUGGCGGUGGCAGCAGCGGUCUGGCGGCAGCGACAAACGGACACGGUAGCCAGCUGGAAGGACGGGAUCGACAUCAUCACGAGCGCGGUGGACAUAUAAGACGUGACCUCAACCACUGUUGGCGUCGUUAUGAUGGCUACAAUUUACAAAGCACAAUGGUCAACAAGAAGGAGCAAUUGAAGAAGCCAUACGGCAUAUUGUGCAACUUCAAAUGUACUUGGUUCUUCACAAUAAACUUUCCCACAUGUGAAUUCAUUUAUGAUUACAAACUUUCUUGCUACUUAUUUACAUCACUGCCGGAUUGUACUACGGUAAAAUGUACGCUUUUAAAUUUUUUUACAUAAACACUAGUAACAAUUACAUAGCUAAUUAUAGUUAUAAUUAUUUACAAUUAAAAUAUUUAAAAGUA